CUUCUUCCAGCCUUCAUUCGCAAGCUUUCUUUGUUUCAUUUCUUCAUCUUUUAUCUCUGCGCUGUUCAUUCAUCCUGUUCUUAUUGAUCUUCACUACGAUGUGAUUCAUUCGCUCUCGGCCUGCCUCGAAGCAUUUCACGGCUGGCUUUGAGAAUUUCCUCGAUCUUCUUGGGGUUUCCUUCGUCGAUUGGAUUCUCAAGCCGAGCAGCAGCAAUGGUGUAUGCAUCUACUCCUAACAAGAACAUGCACGCCCUUCUAACAGCCAAACUCACCAAAUUGACUCUCCCUUCCUCUUCUUCUUCUUCUUCUCCUCCUCCUCCUCCUCCUCCUUCUUCAUCCACGGCCGCCCUUCUUGACUUCGACUUCUCUGACGUAUUCGGCCCCACGAAUUCCUCUUUACCAUCUUUCCCCGGGGACCCACAGCACAAUGAACAACAACCAGCGGUCAUUCAUAACAGAUCUCACUCGUUUGUGGGUCCGUCUCCACGGUUAACUCCCCCUUCUUCCCUUUCUUUUUUCCGAGAAGUUAAAUCACAGAUCGAGGAGGAAGAAGAUGACCUUGAAAUCUCAACUGGCGAUGGAGUUCAGAAGGAGAAGGGGGCGGAUGAGAGCGAGAAUGACGGUGGAGAAAAUUCAGAGGGGAAGGUUGGAGUUGGGGAUUUCGAUAUUCUUCGAGUUGUGGGAAAAGGGGCGUUUGGGAAGGUCUUUCUAGUGAGGAAGAAAGGGGAUUCGAAAGGAAACGGUCCCAAUAAUGAUGGGAUUUACGCCAUGAAAGUGAUGAGAAAGGAUACCAUUAUAAAGAAGAAUCAUGUGGAUUAUAUGAAGGCUGAGAGAGAUAUUCUCACAAAAGUUUCGCACCCUUUCAUUGUUCAACUCCGCUACUCUUUCCAGUCCAAAUCAAAACUCUAUUUGAUUCUUGAUUUCAUAAAUGGGGGGCAUCUGUUCUUCCAUCUGUACCGGCAGGGGAUCUUUAGUGAGGAUCAGGCAAGGGUCUAUGCUGCUGAGAUCGUGUCAGCUGUUUCGCAUCUUCAUGACAGCGGCAUUGUGCACCGGGAUCUCAAGCCUGAGAACAUUCUUAUGGAUGCUGAUGGCCAUGUUGUCCUUACGGAUUUUGGACUGGCAAAGGAAAUUGAUGAAUCGAGUCGGUCGAAUUCGUUGUGUGGAACAACAGAAUACAUGGCUCCGGAAAUCUUGCUUUCUAAAGGUCACAACAAGGAUGCUGAUUGGUGGAGUGUCGGAGUUCUUUUGUAUGAGAUGCUUAGUGGCAAGCCACCAUUCACACACGCAAAUAGAAAGAAGCUUCAAGAGAGAAUAAUCAAAGAGAAAGUGAAACUUCCACCAUACCUGAGCACUGAAGCUCACUCUUUGCUCAGAGGGCUAUUGCAAAAGGAUCCUUCUAAAAGAUUAGGAAGUGGACCCAACAGAGGGGCGGACAUAAAAAAUCACAAAUGGUUUCGACCUGUGAACUGGAAGAAAUUGGAAUGUAGGGAGCUGCAACCAAAAUUCAAGCCGGAUGUCAAGGGAAAUGACUGCACGGCAAAUUUUGAUAAUUGUUGGACGACGAUGCCCCCCGACGACUCGCCAGCUCCAACGCCAACCGAUGGAGGACACUUCCACGGAUACUCGUAUGUUGCUCCAGACCCUUGGCUUUCAUCAUCUGGAUAGAUAGAUUGGAGAUGAGGACAGGGGAAUGUUCUUAUUAUACUAUACUACACUGGUAAAUGCAACUGUAUGUACAUGUCCUAUACUAUACUGCCAUUAAGUUAUUGCUUACUUCACAAUCUCUCCGGUAGUUUCAAAUAUGUAUUCUAAGCUUUCUAGUUCUUUCUCUGUCUCACCAUGUGAUCAAAAGUCUUGGAUAUGAUAUGAACAACGCUGCAUUUUUUUUUUUUUU